UAGAGGAGGGUGGGGGGACUUUUGGGGGCUGAAAGAAGGGAACAAUUGUCGGCAGUGGUCUGUAGUGAAGAAGGGGGAGGGACGCAGAAGGAGGAGUAGCAGGGAGAGGAAGGAUGGAGGAGGAUGAGGAGUAUCAGAAAGAGGGGAGAGAGGGAUAGACACACACACACACACAGAGCCCCUGUUGCUUUAGGCACUCACCGAUGCUAGAGUGAAUGCAGCAUGUGGCAGCACCGUACUGGGUGGUACUGGUCUGGGUGGGAGCUGCUGGAGGAGGUGACUGCUCUUCAUGUGCCUUAAGAGCCCCCAGCUGAGCCCCUUUGGCCCCCCACAGGCGCUGGGACAGAGGAGCAGAAGGAGGAGCAGUGCCAGCCCAGGGAAGAGCAGAGGGGGAUGCUGCAAGGGCCCCAAGAGGAGCCCCAGAGCCCCACGGUGGCCGUGGAGCACGAUGGCCAACAGCAGCCCCGUGAUACGCAAGGGACCGAUGCACCAAGAACACCCCAAAACCACUCUUUCAAUGGGACAGGUGGUGAACACCCAGAAGAAGGUGCAACCCAACCACAGAGUCACUCCAGAAAGAACCAGAGGUACAAGUGUGAAGAGUGUGGGAAGGGUUUCACCCUGGAGAACAACUUGAGCCUUCACCAACAGAUCCACAGGUUAAUGAAUCCCUACAAGUGCCCUGACUGCGGAAAGAACUUCAGGGAUAGCUGGAAACUCCUGCGUCACCAGGGAACACACAGCAAGGAGGAGAUAUUUCCCUGCCCCACGUGUGGGAAACGCUUCUUCAGCAGCUUGAACCUCAUCAAGCACCAACAAAUCCACACAGUAGCGAGGCCCCACAACUGCGCACACUGCGGAAAGAGCUUCCAGCUGAGAUUUUAUCUCAUGAAGCAUCUUUUAACUGUCCACAACGGUGAGAAGGAUUACCUGUGCGAGGACUGCGGGAAGGUUUUCACCCGCGUGUGCAAGUUGAAGGAGCACCAACGGAUUCACACGGGAGAGAAGCCCUUCAAGUGCCAGGAAUGCGGGAAGAGCUUCAGGGAGAGAGGGACACUCCAGCGUCACCAGAGGACACACACCAAGGAGAAGCCUUUUCCCUGCACCACCUGUGGGAAACGCUUCUCCUUUCCGUCAGACCUCACCAGGCACCAACUCAUCUACACGGAAGAGAGACCGUACGCCUGCUCAACCUGUGGGGAGAGCUUCCAGCAGAGUUGUCACCGCUGGACACAUAAUGUGGCGGAGCGCAAAAAGCCCCCAGCUGAGCCCCUUUGGCCCCCCACAGGUGCUGGGACAGAGAAGCAGAAGAAGGAGCAGUGCCAGCCCAGGGGAGAGCAGAGGGGGAUGCUGCAAGGGCCCCAAGAGGAGCCCCAGAGCCCCACGGUGGCCGUGGAGCACGAUGGCCAACAGCAGCCCCGUGAUACGCAAGGGAGCCGCGGAACGGGGGAACCCCGAAAAUGCUCUUUCAAUGGGAUUCAUGUUGAGGACCCUCAAGAAAACACAACCCCACCACCGAGUAUCUCCAGAGAGAAGGAGGAGCACAUGUGUGAGCACUGUGGGAAGGUCUUCCUUAGGAGGGGCAACCUGACCUGUCACCAACAGACCCACUCACGGAGGGUUUCCUACAAGUGUCAGGAUUGUGGGAAGAGUUUCAGCGAGAGGUGGACACUCCUGCGUCAUCAGGGAACACACAGCAAGGAGAAGAGAUUUCCCUGCACCCUGUGUGGGAAACGCUUCUCCUGUAGCUCGAACCUCAUCAGACACCGACGCAUCCACACGGGAGAGAGACCGUACAGCUGCUCCAAGUGUGGGAAGGCCUUCCGGCAGAGAUGUCACCUCUGGACGCAUCAUUUAGGCGUCCACAAAUGUGAGUUGUCGAGGGGUACUUGGGGCAUAACCCUGCAUCAGGUCAUGCUCAGCAAUAAAAUGGAGAGGAAGGGGAAGAGGAAGGAGGAAGUACCAAUACAACCCUCAAAAUGCUCUUUCCAAGGAAUGCGUGCUGAUGACGUUGAAGAAUCCGCCACCCAACCACGGAGUAGCUCCACGCGGGAGUACAUGUGUGAGGACUGUGGGAAAUUCCUCACCGGGAGGAGCAAGCUGAAGCAACACCAACGGAUCCACACCGGAGAGAAGCCCUACAGGUGCCAGGCUUGUGGGAAGAGCUUCACGCUGAGGGGGACCCUCCUGUGUCACCAGAAGACACACACCAAGGAGAAGCGAUUUCGCUGCACCACAUGCAGGAAAGACUUUUACUUCAGAUCUACCCUCAUCAAACACCGACGCACUCACAAGUGGGAGAGUCUGUUGGCCUUGUGGCACUGCGAGAUGACUUUCCAGCAGAGUUAUCACCUCUACCUCUGGAGGCAUCAGUUAUCCAUCCCCAAGGGUGAGUCUUUGGUGAAGGACUUCACCCCGUAUCGCAUCGUGCUCAGCAAUAAAAUGGAGAGGAGGGGCUCCAUACUGGGUGGUACUGGUCUGGGUGGGAGGUGCUGGAGGAGGUGGGUGCUCUUCAUGUGCCUUAAGAGCCCCCAGCUGAGCCCCUUUGGCCCCCCCACAGGCGCUGGGACAGAGGAGCAGAAGGAGGAGCAGUGCCAGCCCAGGGAAGAGCAGAGGGGGAUGCUGCAAGGGCCCCAAGAGGAGCCCCAGAGCCCCACGGUGGCCGUGGAGCACGAUGGCCAACAGCAGCCCCGUGAUACGCAAGGGAGCCGCGGAACGAGGAGACCCCGAAAAUGCUCUUUCAAAGGGUCAUAUUUUGAAGAUGCUCAGGAAGCCACAACCCAACGACAGAGUUUCUCCAGAAAGGAGAAUUACAAGUGUGAGCACUGUGGGAAAGUGCUUGCCUCAAUGAGGAGCCUGACCUAUCACCACCGGACCCACACGGGAGAGAAGCCCUACAAGUGCUGGGACUGUGGGAGGGGCUUUGCAAGAAGACAAAGCCUCCAGAGUCACCAGAGGACACACACCAAGGAGAAGCCGUAUCUCUGCACCACGUGUGGGAAACGCUUCUCCUUUAGCUCCAACCUCCUUGUCCACCGACGCAUCCACACAGGAGAGAAACCGUACGCCUGCACCCACUGCGGGAAGAGAUUCAGGGACGGUUAUAAACUCAGGAAGCAUCGGGAAUCCAUUCACAGUGGUGAGUCCUUGGAGAGGUGUAACCCUCCCCCAGCUGAGCCCCUUUGGCCCCCCACAGGCGCUGGGACAGAGGAGCAGAAGGAGGAGCAGUGCCAGCCCAGGGAAGAGCAGAGGGGGAUGCUGCAAGGGCCCCAAGAGGAGCCCCAGAGCCCCAGGGUGGCCGUGGAGCACGAUGGCCAACAGCAGCCCCGUGAUACGCAAGGGAGCCGCGGAACAAGGAGACCCCAAAAAUGCUCUCUCAAAGGGACGGGUGGUGAAGACCCUCAAGAAGACACAACUCAACCACAGAGUCACUCCAGAGAGGAGAAAUACAAGUGUGAGCACUGUGGGAAAGUGCUUGCCUCCAGGCACAGCCUGACCUAUCACCAACGGACCCACACAGGAGAGAAACCCUACAAGUGCUGGGAUUGUGGGAGGGGCUUUCCAAUUAGAGAAAGCCUCCUGAGUCAUCAGAGGACACACACGGGAGAGAAGCCCUUUCUCUGCACCACUUGCGGGAAACGCUUCUCCUUUAGGUCCAACCUCUUUGUCCACCACCUCAUCCACACAGGAGAGAGACCGUACGCCUGUACCCACUGCGGGAGGGCAUUCAGGGAGUCUUAUCGCCUCCGGAAACAUCAGGCGUCCUUCCACAAUGCGAUCCAGACCCCUUUUAUUGUGCGGUCCAUCGUUGUCAUCGAACACUUCCACACGCAGUUUAACGUCAUUAAAAGGAGCGUAGUGACAACUUAA